GUCAUUUGUCAGUUAUCAGUUUGACGAUUGUCAUUAACAAUUUAAAAAUAUUAACAAGCGUAAACCUUAUAAAGAUAAUAACGUUACUUUAACUUAAGAAAUUGAAUCAUUACGAUGGAUGCCUAUGACAUAUUUAAGAAACUUACAAAAGGAUUAACAUUCAAACAGCGUGUGUUGGGAGUUAAUAACCGUGAGCAAAAUGUCAAGCCAAUGCUCAAAGAGCAAGAACCAGCUAAGCUCACUGACGCAGAAGAUGAAGAAAAGGAAGAUGUAGGUAGUGAAAAUUUAGGUGAUGACAGUGAUGUUGAACCAAUAGACGCAGAGGGCAAUUUAGAGACAGAGUCAAAUGAUGGACUUCAAAUCGUUGAAGGAUUGUCUGUUGGGAAAAAGGAUAAGAAGGAGAAAAAGUCAAAACUCACUCCAGAAGAGUUGCAAAAGAAACUCGAGAUAGAGGAGCAAAAUCGAUUCCGCAACAGAUAUGGUAUAAGAGCAGUCGGGAGGCGUAUUCCCAGUGCACUGAAGGACUUCUCUGAGCUCACAUCGCGAUAUAAUGUUUCUACGGAGCUAGUGGACACGAUAAGGCGGUGUGGGUAUACUGAACCCACUCCAAUACAAAGACAGGCUAUGCCCUGUAUGUUAGAGAACCGCCAAAUCGUGAGCACAGCACCAACCGGUUCCGGCAAGACGGCCGCAUUCCUGGUGCCCCUACUGCACAUUCUCGGGGCCCCAUCCGAGGGCCCCAAGGCCCUUGUCCUGUGCCCCACUCGGGAGCUAGCACAGCAGAUAUAUAGGGAGGCGCUGAGGUUGUCAGCGUCUACAGAGCUGAGGUGUAAUGUGGUGAAGAGUAUCAAGCUAAAUAAAAUGAAGGAGCGAGAGGCCACGGUGAGAAAGAGCGAUAUAGUGAUCAGCACUCCGAACCGUCUCUGCUACAUGCUGGUCCAAGAGAACUGCAGUGUGACUUUGGAUAAGGAGUGCAACCCAGUGGUUCAAUGGUUAUUUACUCGUGAAUUUGAUGGGUUCAAUGCCCAGCUCUGUAAAAUAGUUUUUGGAGACCUUUAAUUAAAACGUAGAUUAAAUCUCAUCUACUACUUACUGAUGAAACAUAUCUUGUGUAAUGAAUAAAUAUUAAACUAUGUUGUUGUUAUUUUCAGGAACGCGGCUGCAACAACAGUAGAACAGGAGUUGUUGUUCUGCGGCAACGAGAGUGGGAAGCUGGUGGCGUUCAGACAGCUCGUGCAGAAGGGCCUCAAACCGCCUGUACUCGUAUUCGUCCAAAGCAAAGACCGAGCCAAGCAGUUGUUCAAAGAGCUUAUUUACGACGGUAUCAACGUGGACGUUAUUCACGCGGAUCGCACUCAGGCACAGCGAGACAACGUGGUGCGCAGUUUCCGCGUGGGUCGCAUCUGGGUGCUCAUCUGCACGGAGCUGAUGGGUCGCGGGAUCGAUUUCCGGGGGGUGAACCUGGUCAUCAACUAUGACUUCCCACCCUCGGCUAUAUCUUACAUUCACAGAGUGGGUCGAGCGGGGCGCGCGGGGCAAAAGGGCAAAGCCGUCACAUUCUUUACGCAGGACGAUGUGGUCAAUCUGAGGAGUAUAGCGUCAGUAAUGAAGCAGUCCGGUUGUGAGGUCCCCGAAUACAUGCUGCGUUUGAACCAGGACUCGAAUAAACGCAAGAAAGUCGCUCAGAAAGCACCGCGCAGAGACAAGAUUACAACCAUACUGGAGAGGCCUUCCAAACGAAAACCCGAAGAAACCGAUAAGUCGAAAACAGAAGAGACAGAUGCAGUGAAAAAUAGUAAAAAUAAGAAGUUAAGGAAAGUCGUGAAUAAUGAAGAAAAGGGCAAGGGAAAACAGCUUGGAGAAGGCAAAACAGAUAAGAGAGUCAAAGGCAAGAAUUUGAAAGAAAAGGCGGGAAAGAGUAAUGAUAAUUAAGAAGAAAAGGAGGAAUAUAAAACCUGUGUAGAAAUAAAAUUUUUGUUCUUCGAUA